AUGAAGAGACAGACCUUAGGGCCAUGCUCAACACGUAAUUCGAAGUCGAGAUUUGGAGCGAUCAAACAAGGUGAAGAUGAACGGAAUGAUGAAGAUUCUAUGUACCAACUUCCCGGGAUUCCACUUACUCCUUCCAAUCAGAACAUGAACCGUAGAGUUACUUUCGUUCUUGAAAAGGCUUCUUUGGUGCCUGCUUUUGUCGGAAGGACAUACCAGGUUUUAAAUCCACAAGUACAUGCUGACUUCCUGCGGAGAAAGAAAAUGGAUCCUUAUAAAUACAGACCCGACAUUGUUCAUGAGGCUCUCCGUCAAAUCAUGGAUACCCGACUUUGUAAGGCUGGUAGAUUACAAGCCGUGUAUAUUAAAACUGAUGAAGGGGUGCUCAUUAAAGUUGAACCACAUGCUACUAUACCAGAAUCGUUGGAGAAGUUCUGUUAUAUGAUGUCACAAUUAUUGCAAAAGUUGAGCAUUAAAUCCACAGGUCGACGUGAAAGACUCUUGCGUGUGGUUAAGAACCCUAUAGCUCAGCAUUUACCUGCCAAUUCCCUCAAGAUAGGCCUUUCCAUGAGUUCGCAAAAGGCAGUUGACUUACGGGAUUAUGUGCAUGCUGUCAGCGAUAAUGUCAACCUUGUUUUCGUGCCUGAAGUUCAGGUUGGUGCAAUGGCUCACGGGAGAAUUGAUAGCGAGAAUGCGGAUGAUAUCAUAUCAGUUUCUGAUUACCCGCUGAGUGCUGUGGUUUGCCUGGAAAGGAUAAGUAUAGCAUUAGAGAGAAAAUGGAACAUUCUGUGA